GUUUGAUCUGCACGUCGUCACUAUGGGGACUCAGCGAUAUGCGGCUGCGAUGACUGAGUUACUUGAUCCCACCGACACCUUAUUCUUCGGCAAGAUCAUCUCCAGAGAGGAUGCCAACAAAGAUGAUCACGGUCUAUUGGUUAAAAAUUUAGAUCAAGUGACUGCUUUUGAGUCCAGCGUGUUGAUUUUGGAUGAUACUGUGAGAGUUUGGCCGCAUAAUCAAUGGAAUCUCAUUCUCAUUCAGAGAUACGCCUAUUUUCCUUAUACUCGGCGUAAAUACAUGAUGGCAGGAGAUUCGCCACUCCAUACUGGCGUGGAUGAUGAUGAUGCUUUAGCAUCUGUCUUAUCGGUGCUAGAGAGAGUUCAUGACGACUACCACUUGGUGCAUCAGUAUGUGAGUCAUGUUGAUGUCAGGAGCAUACUGGCGAGCACUCUCAGAGCAUAGCUUUUUAUUUGCUAUUCUAGAU